CAUGCUUCACUCAGACCAAAAUCAAAAUCAAAAUCAAAAUCAAACCUCUCCUCCCUCUUUCACAAAAUUCUGAAUUACAAAGCAAUUGAUAUGGAAGAAACGUAGGCCAUUUUGUUUAGGGUUUUCCUCGAGGAUCUUCCGGACAUCCAUUACAUUUCUCUCUCUCUCUUCUCUUUAUAAUGUCCCAUUACUCCUCUCCUCUCAUCUCUCCGCCGUCUCUUUCUCUCUCCCUAUGCCUUCUUAAACCCUAAUCCCUCUCUCUCUCUCUCUCUCUCACGUUUAAAAAAAAAAAAAAGAAAUGUACACGGUACCCAUCUGGCUGCAACCGCUUCUGAGCGAGAAAUUCUUCAACGCCUGUGUGGUUCAUGAAGAUGCCAAAAAGAACGAGAAAAACAUCUUCUGUUUCGACUGUUCCCUCGGUAUCUGCCCGCACUGCUUGUCCUCUCACCGCUCUCACAAACUCCUCCAGAUUAGGCGAUAUGUUUAUCACGAUGUCAUUAGAUUGGACGAUGCUGUGAAGCUAAUUGACUGUGCUUUUGUUCAAUCGUACACUACGAAUAGUGCGAAAGUGGUGUUUCUGAAACAGAGGCCACAAACCAGAAACUUCAGAGGCUCCUCCGGCAACCUCUGUAGUACCUGCGAUAGAAGCCUUCAAGACCCUUAUCUCUUUUGCUCCCUCUCUUGCAAGAUUGAUUAUCUUGUAAAGGCGCAAGGUGGGGUUUCCAGGCAUCUUUUGGAGUGCAAUUUCUUGCCAUUACCCGAACCGGUUUGGGACGACGGAAUGAUUAUGACGCCUGACUCUGUUCUGGAACCGGCCGGUUCGACCCGAACCUCUUCCAGUUCCGACGGCGGUAGAGUGUUGGAGAUGAGGACUACUAUUGCUUCGACGGCGACCACGGACUUUGUGAAGAAAAAGAGAAGUAGCUUGACGGCUGCUGCGGCGGCGUAUCGGACAACGUGCCGGCCGGCUUGCUGUUCGGUGACGGUUUCCGAGACGUCUGGGAGUCUGAUGAGCCGGAGAAAAAGUACCCCGCAGCGGGCCCCACUCUAUUGAAUUUUCAUUUUCUAUUUAUUUUUCAAGUGUAGUACUGUAGUGGGCAGUAUGUAAGGGGGGAGGUUUUUUUAGGGACAGAGAUGUCAUUUUGUGGUUUCUCAUGGGGGUGUUUUGGGAAUAUAUGAAGAAUUAAAUAGAAUGAAAAAAAAAAAAAAAAAAAAAAUCUCCCAAUUUUUUGUUGA